GCGCUGCCUUGCUUUGUUUUGGUUUUGCUUUUGUAAGUGAUGGAUCGUGAUGGGUAGCUAGCUAGUCAGAGGAGAGCAAAAUCGGCCAGUGUGUCCGCUGUACAGUGUUUAUUUGAAACACCAUUUUCAUCAUCGUACUCCGUUUUCCGCGGCAGCGUGAAAGUCCCGUCUCGGAGUGAAAAGAAAAGUCCCCCCCAGGCCGCCGUUUGCGCAGCGUUUUUUCGCUUUUUUCGGGAUAGUACCGUGUUUGUGCGUGCGUGUGUGUCUGUGUGCGCGUGUGCUCCGUGUGUGGUGUAUGUGUUUGGAACCGGGUGUAAAGCCACCUUUUCCAAUUUACCUGCCUCACCACACUCGCCAAAUCCCCAAAUCGACACACCAGCCAGCCACCAGUGCGCCAUUGCCCGUUUUGGCCGAUUGCAAGCCUCGUCGUCACGCCGUCAGCAGGCAAGCAGCCAAUCCGUUCUGUCACCCAGUGUGCGUCGCCAUCUCGUCGAGCAGCAGCAGCAGCAGCAGCACGGACGCGUCCAUGUGUGCGUACGUGCGUUGAUAAAAUUGGCUAUUUACGCUUACCCGAAUCGACGACGGGGGGUCUCGAUCCUGUCGAAAGCGCAGCACAGUUUCCUAUCAUCGGGAAGCUGUCGUGUUCAACCCAUCCAUCGGUAGCAGCCGCAGCCUCGACCAUCGUCGGUUCGCAUCGACGGUUCCGAGGUGGCAUCAGUGGAGCGAUAUAGUGGAGCGUCCGUCGACUAACGGCCCCCGGCAGCAGGGAUCUGCACUGUUGCGUCGCAGAUUUGGCCCAAACCACCACCACCAGCAUCAGCACCAGCCGCUAGAGCGACGAUAUCCGGCACCACCGAGAUAGAGUAGCAGCAGCACCAUGGUAGAACGCAUUGUGGAGGAGUGUUGCGACGUGAAUUCCGAUCCAACCCGCAAAACCGAUGUCGCACGGUACAGCAGCGAGGAGGUGUCGGGCAACGAGUCCACCGAGGCACGCAUGCUAUCCGAAGCCGAACGGCAGGCCGACUUCAACCGGCACAAGGAGGAGAUGAAGCGCAAGCGGCGCCGAAAGAAACGCACCAGCUCAUCGAUGCAGUCGUCAUGUUUUCAAGAGCUGUACAAGCUGACUGGCGAGGUGCUGGGCGAGGGUGCGUACGCGUCGGUCCAGACGUGCAUCAACAUCUACACCGAGCUGGAGUACGCGGUGAAGAUCAUCGACAAAAUACCGGGGCACGCGCGCGGCCGCGUCUUCCGCGAGGUGGAAACGUUUCACCACUGCCAGGGGCACCCGAACAUCUUGCAGCUGUUAGAGUUUUUCGAGGAUGACGAAAAGUUCUAUCUAGUGUUCGAGAAGAUCAACGGCGGGCCGCUGCUGACCCGCAUCCAGGAGAACGUCUGCUUCUCCGAGUACGAUGCGGCGCAGAUCAUCAAGGAGAUCGCGUCCGGGCUGGACUUUCUGCACAAGAAGGGCAUCGCCCACCGGGACCUCAAGCCGGAGAACAUCCUGUGCGUCUAUCCGGACAAGCUGUGCCCGAUCAAGAUCUGCGACUUCGAUCUCGGCUCCGGGAUCAAGUUCACCACCAACAUCUCGUCGCCGAACGCCACGCCGCAGCUUUUAACACCGGUCGGUAGUGCCGAAUUUAUGGCACCGGAAGUUGUCGAUCUGUUCGUCGGUGAGUCGAACUACUACGACAAACGAUGCGACCUGUGGUCGCUGGGCGUGAUCGCGUACAUACUGCUGUGCGGCUAUCCGCCCUUCUCGGGCAACUGCGAGCAGGACUGCGGCUGGAACCGGGGCGAGAACUGUCGCACCUGCCAGGAGCUGCUGUUCGAGUCGAUCCAGGAGGGCCGGUACUGCUUCCCGGACAGCGAAUGGCAGGACGUGAGCGAGGAGGCGAAGGACCUGAUCCGGGGGCUGCUGGUGAAGGAGGCGCCGAAGCGCCUGAGCGCCACGGCCGUCCUGAACCAUCCGUGGAUUCGCAUCAGCGACGAUACGGAGUGUGCGGUCGGUGGUAUCAACUCGAAGGCGAACAAGGAGAAGCAGCGCCGCCGGGUGCUGAAGACGCCUGGUGUAAUUCGACGAAACCAAUCUGCGCUCGAGUUGUCCCACUUUGCCGAAUCGGCCAUGGCGGUCAAGCGCGUCAUCAUGCAGCACUUUUCCAUGCGCUACGACUAUAUGGCGAAGGAGCGUCCCAACAUCUAUCAACCGUCGUACAAUGGCAGUGUGGAGCCGGCGGCAAAGCCCACCGAGACCGUGCUACCGACGCUGGUGGUUGAGACAGGGAACGCACAGCCGCCGAACAGCAGCAGCAGCAGUGAUGUUGCGAAACCGUUUGUGCCGCGAACGGAUGAACCUAAUGGAGUCUGUGAUGAAGAUGAACUGUGUAAGGAACGGGACGAAGGGAUGGGAAUGCAACCAAUGACCACAAACCACGUUGAGACGGGAAAGGAAUGGGAAAAGGAUGAGGAGGAGCAGAAGGAGCUUAUCAGAGGUAGCUACCAAAACGUUUCCAUCGAUAGCCAGAACAUGGUGGCGGCGGCGGCCAUUGUAGAGGUGCCGACCAUCACGAUUGCCCCCGUUGCCACCGGUAACGCCGAUGCGGUGGUGGGAGCUGCAACUAUCGAAAUAGUUGUGAACAGUACGUCUUCCGGAAGCGAGGGUGGUUCCACCUUCUCCAGCAAUACUAUUGCCGCGGGCCGCAGCGGAUCCGAUGAACGGGGCAGUAUUGUUGGCAGCGGCGGCGAGGCGGAGCGGAAGGAUUUUCCGCAGCAGGAGAAUACGAGUGACAAAGAAUUGCAAAGUUCUGAUCCACCGAAAAACAAUGCUGCCGGCGGUGGCGCACGUGAUGAUGAUGAUUCUGUACUGACUGGUGGCAAAGCCGUGGCCGAGGCUCGUGCGGACGAAGCGCCGGAGAAGGAGCUGGAGAAGGCGAAGGAGGUGGUAGUGGUGGAAUUGUCUCCACAAUCGUCCACGCUCUCCUCCCCGGUGCGCAGUAUCGUCGGCUCGAAGGCAACCGGCGGCCCGAGGAAGGCCAGCAACGGUUGGGAUAUUCCGCCCGAGUCGAACUGGCGGUACCGGGGCGGGAGCGAGCAGCAGCACCAGCAAAGUCCUUCCUCGUACGAGUACAACAGUCGCAGCCAGCACGCGCACGGCUACAAGUACGGCAGCUCGGGCUUCGGGUCGAGCUACAAGGGCGGCCGCAGCGGUCACUACCACUCACACCCGCAGCACCACCAACACCAUCACCAUCAUCACAACAAUGUGCAUUACAGUAACUAUCACCAUCAUCACAGCAACAACCACCACUCGCAUCCACCGAUGUCGUCGAUGGGGUCCUACCGGCAGCAGAAUGGAUCCGGCCACCACCACAACCACGUCGGAUCGAACGGCGGCCACUACGGUAACAGCCACGGCAACCAUAACUACAGCAAUGGCAGCAGUAUUGCGCCUCGGUACGGACGCAUCGUGCGAGCAGGCGCCACCAAUAACGAACCAUUCGACGGUGGCUUCGAGGGCCGGUCGGGCAUGAUGGCGAAGCAGCAGCGCCAUUCGUCGCAACAGCAGCAGCACUAUCCGUACAGCCACCAUCCUAAUCACGGUUCAUCGUCGUCGUCGUCGGCUUCGCUGACGUCCUGGCGUGCCCAACCGUCGCCGGCGUACGGAAGCAACCAGCACCACCGGUACGGUGACGCGGCCGGAACCGGUGACGAGGCGGAAACCUAUCAUCGGCACCACAAUGGCAACAACAAUAGCAGCAGUAAUGGCGGCGGCGGUGGCGGCAUGCUGACUGCGUCGCAGUCACACUACGCCAACGGGAAGAUCACCACCAACCCGAAUAACUUUAAUCACCAUCAGUACAAUCGCGGAGGAACCAAUAAUAAUGUUAAUAAUAAUACUAGCAGCGUUAGUAGCAGCGGAGGAAGUAGUCAUCAUCCGGCAAGGAUGAACGGGGGCAACAGCAGUGGCCAUCCAAGUCAGUACCACCAUCAGCAGCAGCAGCAGCAGCAGCAGAACCAUCAGUACCAUCACUACGCAGGAGUGAACAAUAAUAAUGGCUCGAACCAUUACUAUCACAAUGGCACCGGACGGGGAGGCGAUGGUGGUGGUAUGGGACAUUACAACAGCAGCAACAAUAAUCAUCAUUACGGUGCUGGCAAUGGUCAUGGUGGCCAACAGCAGCAAAAAUCGAUGCCAUAUCGUGCGGUGGUGGUGCAGCAUCAUCACCAGCAGCAGCAGCAUCAGCAGUACCAAAAUCAACGCUAUGCUUCACCAUCGUCCUACGGUGGGAUGCGACGCCCUACGCAGAGUCUGAUGAUCGAUGCGGUCGACGGUGCCGGCAUGAAAGGAGCGGCGGCCGGUCCGAGACGCGCCAGCGCUGGUCAGCAGCAAUCAUCACUACCAAUGCAGCGGGCGUCUCCACCGCAACAGUCGCAGCAGCAGCAGCAGCAGAGUAGGAGUAAUGUUAACUGUGAUCCAACUACAAAUACUAUGAAUAGAUAUAAGCUUUAUCAUUCUAACUCGACCACGAUCCUGAGCGCCCUCAAGCGGGAAACGCGCAACUACGGCUACCAGUCGAUGAUGGUCGGUGGCUUUGAGGGCCUGAACCUGAACGGUGGCGAUCACUACCAACCGGCCGAUGAGGGCGAAGAGGCAAUGCUGGAGGAACCUCCGUUCCACCUGAUACCGCGGCGCAACGACGAGACGGAGCAGCAGCAACAGCAGCAGCAGAAGAAGCUCCAGCAGCAGCAACAGGAUGCAAUCGACAACAUCGACGAAGGCGUUUACAGCAGCAGCUCGAGCAGCAACACCAGCAGCCACAGCGGCAACAGCAUCAUCAGUGGCAACAUAGCCACCACUACGGUGGCCGGGUUCGGCGGGACCGGCGGCUCGGGCAUCCUUGCCGAGCUAGCGAUGGCCGACGGGCUGCCGGUCGGGCUUUCGCCACCGAACGAAAGCUUGCUAAUGCAGCGCCGCCUGUCGCUCAAGUCGCGCAGCCUCUGUCUGCCGGUCACGAUCGGUAAGGUAUCGCCGGCGCCGCCACCACCACCACCACUGGCCAUCAUGCCCGCCGUGGUGAAUAUGGUCCCUUCGUCGGGCGGCGAGUUUGAGGAGUGCACCACCAACGGCCACCAGCAGCGGGAGGAGGAACCGUCGCCAUUGUCCUCUCCGGAGCAGCGCAGCGACGAGGAGAUGGGUGGAGGAGGCUGUCCAAUCUUUGCGGCUGCGCGCCAUGAUGCAGAAGGAUACUAUCCGUACUAUCCGCGCAAUGGUAGGGUCGGUACGACCGGCGUUACGACGACGCCAACGCUAACCAUUACUACGCACAGUGGCUAGUAGAAGGGGGAGAGUGAUGUACGUGUGCUCCCCGGGGGACGAUUCGCCAUCACUGUCGUCCCAUUUUCUACUUCUUGCUUUUUUAACCAUCAGCCUGCAAACGACAGUGAACGGGGGAGCAGGGAAAGAUGAACGAAUGUGGAGGCAUGCUUCGUUUCCUGACUUUGUUUACUCUUUGCUUCUCCAACCGUCGCUGGCGCGUUACUGAACCGGUUUGAUUUGAUGCAUGCCUUGCAGAGUGCACCUUGCCCCAACCCGCAUGCUUUGUUUUUGUCAACUGGCAUUCUGUUUUGGAAUGCGGCGUACAAUUUGAUUGUGCAGAUAAAUUUUGGAAGAUCCCAUUGUGUGAACCAGCCGAUAGGAUCGGAUGUAUAUUGUUUAGAUUGUUUAACUACGUCUUUAGGUCAUCCCAACCAUCUUAAUUGGGCUUCAGACUGACACAAAAUCUUUGAUGCUAUACGGAUAGAGUAACUAUUUACCGUAAAGAGAGAGAGAGAUGGAGAGAGAGAGAGAGAGAGAGAGAAAGAGGGAGAAAAAACGUUAUUGUGCGUUCGUUUGAAGGAAGAGUGGAAGAAUAUGGGAGUGUGUGUAGUGUAGCGAGAGAAAAGCUUCUAUUGUGCUGAGAUUUCGAUAUGCAAUAAAGGGAAGCGAAACAAAGAGCACAGUCGGGAAUAAUAUUGUAAACAGGAUAGAUGUUAGAGGACAUCGUGAUAUCUUUACCUGUAUUUGUACACACGACGCACACAGGCCAAGCAUCGAUACUUUUGUAUUUAAUCUUUUUUUGUACUUUACACUUUUUUUUAAACAAAAUUCUUGUUUUCUCCUCGCGUAUCAAUUUGUAUUGGAAACUAUCACACAAAGUUGGUGAAAUAUUUGCAGAGAGUAAAAACAAAAAACAAAAUACUGCGAUUACGGGAAUUGUUUGAAUUUGAAAUUGAAUCUAUUUGGAAUACGAAAAAUACAUACGCGUAUCUGUGGACUAUUUUUUCCCCCUUAUAUUGUUUUGUUCUGGGUUUGCUCUCGCAAGCGUAUACUAAAAUAUACCUGGGAGUAUAGUAGAUGUUAGUAAACACCAUUCGAACGAACGACACGAUUAAACAAGGGAUGUUGCUCCAGUGGUGCAGUCGAAUGCAGGCAGUGGCCUAGGGGUUGUAGAAAUAAUGGUUAGCGUUGCAAGUGUCCGUCGUCCCCAAAUAGUGUUAGUAUUGGAUGAGGUCCUACCAGGUAGGUGGGUCUACCAGAUCGUGGUCGAAAAUUACUAAACAAAAAAAAACGAAAAGCGAAAAGAGCAAACUUUGUCAAACGCGCAUAUACACUCGAAAGGAAUCAUCCAAACUGUCGAAAACAAAAAGAGAAGUGAGAGAAAGUGAGAGAGAUAGAGAGAGAGAGAGAGAAAAA